GCCGACACACACAAACUCACACACUCAAAGCGACACAGCACAACACAACAGUCUUGUGUGCUUUUGGUUAUUCUCUCUCUUCAUUACACCAAGCUUCGAAUCUCUAAUAUCUGUCCCUUUCUUUCUUUAAUGGCCCUGCCUUGUACAACCAGUCGCGAUCUGAAACUCAACUACUACGGUACUACUUCUACUACUGCUACCCCUGUUUUCCUCUUCUCCUUUGACAUCUCUUUCGCCUCCAUGGUACUCUGCAUGUGCGUCUCCACACCUGAACCACGAUUCUGACCGCAAUGCCUGCCCAUCCUUCCUCCCUUUCUCCCUCCCUCGCUUUCAUCUUCCUUUCUCUUCUUCCUCUUUCCCUCGCCAACACUGAUCCUACUGAUGUUCAAGCUCUCGAGGUUAUGUACAAUGCGUUGAAUAGUUCAACUCAGUUAACGGGUUGGAGAAUCGGUGGUGGUGAUCCAUGUGGAGAGUCAUGGAAAGGGGUCAUUUGUGAAGGUUCAGCCGUUGUUUCCAUUGAGCUCUCAGGAUUAGGACUCGAUGGGACUCUGGGGUACCUGCUUUCGGACCUUAUGUCACUCAGAAAGCUUGACUUGAGUGACAACAAGAUCCAUGAUACAAUUCCCUACCAGUUGCCGCCAAAUCUUACAAGCCUGAAUCUUGCAAGAAACAAUUUAUCUGGAAAUCUUCCUUAUUCCUUUUCUGCUAUGGGUUCUCUCAAUUAUUUGAAUUUAAGCAAUAAUGCACUGUCCAUGGCAGUUGGCGAUGUUUUUGCUAAUCUUUCAGAUCUAGAUAUCCUGGAUCUAUCAUUCAAUAACUUCUCGGGGGAUCUUCCUCCUUCAUUUGGUUCACUGGCCAAUCUUUCUUCCCUUUUCUUGCAGAAAAACCAGUUGACUGGUUCUCUUAGUGUUCUCGUCGGUUUGCCUUUGGAUACUUUAAAUGUUGCGAACAAUAAUUUCAGUGGAUGGCUACCUCGUGAAAUUACUUCCAUACGUCUUUUCAUAUAUGAUGGAAAUUCAUUUGAGAACACUCCUGCUCCUCUUCCACCAGCAGUAACUUCUCCUCCUCCCAGUGGAUCCCGUAAUCAUCAUCAUUCUGGAUCUGGCUCACAUAAUAAAACACAAGCCUCUGAUAAUGAAAAUUCUGAUGGUCACACGGGUUUGAAAGUGGGGGCUGUUGUCGGCAUUGUGUUAGGUUCCAUAGUGGUGGCUGCCAUUGUGCUGCUUGCUUUUAUUUUCUGCAUCCAAAAGCAAAAGGGGAAGAAAAAGGGUGCAAGGAAUUUUAGUGGGAGCCUUCCUCGUGGAGUUAUUAAUGUUACUCCUCAGAUGCAAGAGCAGAGGGUAAAGAGUUCUAAUGUUGUUACAGACCUGAAGCCUCGCCCAGCAGAAAAUGUAUCAGUUGAGAGAUUACCUACUAAAAGUGGAUCAGUACGGCAUAUGAAGUCCCCUAUAACUUCAACAUCGUACACCAUUGCUUCUCUCCAAAGUGCUACAAAUAGCUUUAGUCAAGAAUUUAUAAUCGGUGAAGGUUCUCUUGGCCGUGUUUACAAGGCUGAUUUCCCAAAUGGGAAGGAAAUGGCUAUCAAGAAGAUCGACAACUCUGCACUGUCAUUACAGGAGGAAGACAAUUUUCUUGAAGCUGUUUCAAAUAUGUCGCGCCUGCGGCACCCGAACAUUGUGACAUUGACUGGAUAUUGUGCUGAACAUGGCCAACGACUUCUAGUUUAUGAGUAUAUAGGAAAUGGAAAUCUGCAUGACAUGCUCCAUUUUGCUGAAGAAAACAGUGGCAAGGCUUUGUCUUGGAAUUCUCGUGUUCGCAUAGCACUUGGCACAGCCCGGGCAUUAGAGUACUUGCAUGAAGUGUGUUUGCCCUCUGUUGUGCAUAGAAAUUUCAAAUCAGCAAAUAUAUUACUUGAUGAGGAGCUAAAUCCUCACCUGUCUGACUGUGGUUUAGCUGCUUUGACACCAAACACAGAGCGGCAGGUAUCGACUCAGAUGGUCGGUUCAUUUGGUUACAGUGCUCCUGAGUUUGCAUUAUCAGGAGUAUACACUGUAAAAAGUGAUGUUUACAGCUUUGGGGUGGUUAUGCUGGAAUUGUUGACAGGUCGGAAGCCGCUAGACAGUUCACGAAUUCGAUCAGAGCAGUCACUUGUGAGGUGGGCUACACCCCAACUCCAUGAUAUAGAUGCCUUGGCAAAAAUGGUGGAUCCUACUUUGAAUGGCAUGUAUCCUGCAAAGUCACUGUCACGCUUUGCUGAUAUCAUUGCCCUCUGUGUUCAGCCGGAACCUGAAUUUCGACCUCCAAUGUCUGAGGUGGUGCAAGCGUUAGUCCGACUAGUGCAAAGAGCAAGUGUGGUUAAAAGACGACCCAGUGACGAAUCUGGCAUUGGUCACAAGACCCCAGAACAUGAGGCCAUAGACAUGUCAUUUUAAGUGUUGGUGUCUUUUUUACUCUUUUGCAAUUUUGUGCAGUUGUCCCGUUUAAAAAUUUACUACUAUAAAACACAGGAAGCAAGGAAGGAGUAGAAAGUUUGUGAAAAUGUAUCAAGCAAUUUUAAGAUACUAAUACUUGUUGGAUUUUCUCACACAACAUUUAGAAAUUACUCUGGAAAAUAAAGUGUAUAUUUAGUUACCUCAUCAUGGUGUAAUAUAUAUAAUUUUAAAGUCCUUGAUGCAAAAUAGUCUUAUAAAAAGAGAAUUGUAGGAAUCAACUUUAUGAGUUUUAGGCUUUGUUGGCAAGCACAGAUGAAAUUUCAACUACCGACAUAAAGGCCUUGGAAAAGAGUGUGGAUGCUAUUAAUUUGUAAUGAGUUGGAUUAUUAUUGUGACGGUACACGGUCCCACUGUUCUCUAAUUCCUUUCAAUUUCUCUAACAGAC